UUACGAAGGAAUAUCGAUCAUAUUUUGCUCCCCUACUCAAAAUCAUGAAAAUUUGGUAUUCGUGGAUGAAAUGUAAAAUUACAUUAACAAGUGAUCAAACAGAAGAGGCAAAAGAUUUCAGGCUCACGAUAUGGGCAACCUCUCCAUCCUAUUUUAUCCUGACAAGCAACUAGCUAGUAGCAAGUAAACAAACACAAUCUUGUGACUAAAACCUGCCACCCCUCUAUCACAUGGUUGUGAAAACACAUUUGACGGUGUAAAUUUGUUGUAUACUAAAAGCCAGUUCAUAACCAAAAUGUAUUAAAAAAUUAUAAGAAAAUUAUUUUUUUAUUUAAAUAAGUUAGUAUUUGCUAUCAAAUUAAAUAUGAUAAUUACGGGAUUAUAAAAUUACAAAGAAUCCAUUAUAUGGGAGCUCCCGUUGGAGUUUGGAGGUCCUCCUCUCUCUCUGAAAAAGAAAGUAAUUUUUUUAAGAGUGAGAAAGGAAGGAAACUUCUCAUCAAAACUGAAAGUUUUCUUCACAACAAGAAAUUGUAAGAUCCUUUCUGACAAAUUUCGUACAUAUAUCCACCCAUUCAUCCAGCUUUCGAUAGUUUCAAUAUUGAAAAAGUGAUUGCGUAUAAGGAUUAAGGGUAUCUGCAACGUGGGUUUUGCAAAAACUUCUCUUUUAGAUUUCAGAUUGAGUGUUUUGAUGGAAUGAAAUCCUGUCUUACUGUUUGCUUUUAGGGUGAAGGAGAAAAUGGGAUCCAUGGAGUAUGAUAGUCAUAAUUGGAUCUGGGAUGGUGUAUAUUAUUACCCACACUUUUUUGGAGGUAUAAUGCUUACAGCUGCUGUUCUCGGGUUGUCCACGAGUUAUUUCAGCGGAAUUGGUGUGCAUUAUUUGCCAUUUUACUGGCCAGAUUUGAGAUUGUUUCAUAAGAAGAAAUAUGUGAAGAAACCUGUCAGAGUAUAUAUGGAUGGUUGUUUUGAUCUUAUGCAUUAUGGUCAUGCAAAUGCGUUGAGACAAGCUAAAGCUUUGGGUGAUGUUUUGGUUGUGGGUGUUGUUAGUGAUGAAGAGAUUAUCGCAAACAAAGGUCCUCCUGUUUUAUCUAUGGAAGAAAGAUUGGUUCUUGUUAAGGGCUUGAAAUGGGUAGAUGAAGUCAUUGCCAACGCUCCAUACGAAAUUACGGAGCAAUUCAUGAGUCGUUUAUUCAAUGAGCAUCAGAUUGACUUCGUUAUUCACGGUGAUGAUCCUUGUCUACUCCCAGAUGGUACUGAUGCUUAUGCUCUAGCGAAGAAAGUGGGUCGUUACAAGCAGAUAAAAAGAACUGAAGGUGUUUCGAGCACAGACAUUGUAGGAAGGAUACUUUCGUCGAUGAAAGAUACACAAGUUGUUGAAAAUGUUAGUAAUGCAACAGUGCCUGAACCCCUCCAAACCACGAAUGCCACGCAAGCUCAAGAAAAAACUGGUAGCAAAACCCAAGUAUCAUUUCUACCUACUUCUAGACGGAUUGUUCAGUUUUCAAAUGGCAAGGGACCUGGACCAAAUGCUCGUGUGGUAUAUAUUGAUGGUGCUUUUGAUCUCUUUCAUGCCGGACAUGUGGAGAUCCUUAGGAGUGCGAGGAAGCUUGGAGAUUUUCUGCUUGUGGGCAUCCACACUGACCAAACUGUGAGUGAGCACAGAGGAAAUAACCUUCCCAUUAUGCAUCUUCAUGAGCGUAGUCUUAGUGUGUUAGCAUGCCGGUAUGUUGAUGAGGUUAUCAUCGGGGCACCCUGGGAAGUAACGAAGGACAUGAUAACAACUUUCAACAUCUCUUUGGUUGUUCAUGGAACCAUAGCAGAGAGCAAUCCUUUACUUAAAGAUUCACCCGAUCCUUAUUCAGCUCCAAGGAGUAUGGGGAUUUUUUGCACGCUUGAUAGCCCUAAGAAUAUAACCACCACCUCAGUGGCGAAAAGGAUAAUUGCUAAUCUUGAAGCUUACAAGAAACGUAAUGCAAAAAAGGAAGAAAGCGAAAAGAGAUACUAUGCUGGGAAGACGUUUGUUUCAGGCGACUGAAAAGGUCGUACAAACUGUUUCUUGGUGCUACGUUAAAGUGAAGAACAAACCAUGUUCCAACAGUUCUUUAGACAGCUGAAGGUCUGCAACCUCUUUUUCUACCCUGCUUCAUCCCAUCUCUCAGGAUCCUUGGUGUUAUGCUACAUAGUGAAGGUCAUCAUAAUCACGCCUAUUCUUGUAUUUUUUUUUGGUGUCAAGAAGAAACAUAAUGGAAAACAGAAGGAGAAAAAAAAGAAGAAAACGUUAAUGAGUCUCCUUCCCUAGGGUUCCUGGUAACUACUGAAGAAUAUGUAUUACUGAUAGGUUCUCCCUGUCCAUUUGUUCGUAACGAAGAAUAGAAGAACAGUAGAUAAUAUAUUUCAACGCGAAUUAGACAAAUACUUGUGAUGAUGCUUCUGUUUUGUGAUACAGCACAUACGUACAAAUCCAUUUUUUUCUUCUUUUUGUUGUAUGCAUUUCUGACUGACACUGCUGUAGAAGUUAGAACUUAGAAGUGGUUUUGCUGUUAUGUACUCCCAAUUUUGUUUCGAACUUAGAAGUGGUUUUGCUGUUAUGUACUCCCAAUUUUGUUUCGAACAUAUGUGAGUUGUGUCGUUUACAUCCAUGUCCAAAGGUUAUAGAAUGAUAUUUGUUUUGUUAA